AUGGAAAAGAAAGACACUACCAACAGGACCAACGCAGAUCGGAUCGUGGUCGACAACUCGAAUCUCACCGAGCUCAAAGCGACAUGCGACGAAGCGGUGGAGCGCAUCCUUUCGCGUCGAUCGGAAGCAGAGGGAUCAGCAGCCAAGGCGCAAGCGUUUGCACCGUUCAAAGUCAGCCACAUCCACGCUGAUCUGCGGCUGGUGCUCGGUUUCACCGCGUCUGCCAUCAUGAUCGGCACCUCCAUCUGGGCCUACUUUGUGGAGAAGGAGUGGAAGCGCAACAAGCAGGCGUGCGCCAUCGCUGUGGUCGUCUACACGAUCCUGUCCGGAAUACAGCUGCUCGACUCGUAUCUGCAAGGAAAUACCAUCUUCACCGGCUCACGCAGGACGCUUUCGAAUCGUAUCGAGGCCGAGCAUCUCACCAUCUCGUCCCCACCUCUCCCGAAAGCUGCCAAGAAAGAUAUCACGGCGGCCAACGGCAAACCCAUCCUGACACCUCCUGCCUACACUCUGCAGUUCGUCUACACACGCAAGAGCAACAAGGGCAAAUCGCUUUUGGCUAGAAAGAGCGAGUCUUUGCCGCUAGGACAUCUAGGCGAAUGGUUCACCGAAGAAGGGGAAUUUGUCGAGUCCAUCUUUGAGCAACGUCUGCUUUCGGGCCUUCAAAAGGCGUUUGGCCAGUAG